AUGAUUACACCGUUAUUAUAUAUUAUUUUCUUUAUUAAAUUAACAUUCUCUGUUGAAAUAAAAGAGUGUAUCGCUAUAAAUUAUGAAACUAAAUUAUUUAAAGGAUUAAAUAUUAUUCAUUCAUAUCCACAUAACCCACAUUCAUUUACACAAGGAUUAGCUCUAUUAAAUAAUACAUUAUUUGAAUCAACAGGAUUAUAUGGAAAAUCUUCAAUAAGAAUUGUAAAUAAAAUAACAGGUAAAACAAUACUUAAAACUAAAUUACCUAAUAAUUUCUUUGGAGAAGGAAUAGCUAUUAUAAAUAAUGAAUUAUUUCAAUUAACAUGGAAAAAUAGAUGGAUAAAAGUAUAUAAUAUUUCAAGUUUAAAAGAAAUAAGAUCUUAUAGAUUACCAUUUCAAAUUAAAGAAGGAUGGGGAAUGACUCGAAUAAAUCAAUCACUUGGUAUUAGUGAUGGAAGUGAUCAAAUAUAUAUUGUUAAUCCAGAAACAUUUAUAAUUCAACAUUUGAUUAAAGUAAAAAGAGGGAAUAAACCAUUAUAUAGAAUUAAUGAUAUUGAAUAUAUUAAUGGAUAUUUGUUUGCUAAUAUUUGGUAUGAAGAUGUUAUUUGUGUUAUUGAUUUAAUUACAGGAAAUGUUAUUAGUGAAUUUUGGUGUAAUAUAAAUAAAAGUCCAGGAGAAGAUGUAUUUAAUGGAAUUGUCUAUGAUUCAAAUAAAAAAACAAUAUUAAUGACAGGAAAACUUUGGAAUAAAUUAUAUGAAGUUGUUUUAAUCAAAUAA